CAAUGUCUCUAUCCCCUGCAUACUCCGCUGUUAACCUCUAUUGCAGCGAGGUUGCCGACGAAGUGGUGGACCUCUCUGACCGCAUUCCCUUUCCAAAUUUGGAUUCAUCAACCGAUGAUGACAGCUUUAUUCUUGGUCUUUUUGAUUCUGAGCUUGAUCAAAUGCUGUGUUCUGAACGGUUACCGGUUCUUCCGGAAGGUGUCCGAGCUCGCCAAGAUGCUGUCAACUGGAUGUUGAAGGUGCAUUCUCACUACAAUUUCAGACCCGAAACGGCUUAUCUAUCAGUGACCUAUCUGGAUCGCUUCCUCUGCACUUAUGAUCUUCCUCAGGGGAAGGAAUGGUCCUUGCAGCUGCUAUCAGUGGCAUGCAUAGCCGUAGCUGCAAAAAUGGAGGAAAGGAGUGUUCCACUUCUAUUAGACUUGCAGGUGAUGGAACCCAGAUUCCUCUUCACAGCCAUGACAGUCCAACAGAUGGAGCUCCUGGUCAUGGCCGUCCUCAAAUGGCGAUUGAGUACCGUUACCCCAUUCAGUUUUGUCAAUUACUUCAUUUCAAAAUUCCCCUGUUUCUCCUCCCAAUUUCAUAGUUCCAGCAAUGUCUCGGAUCUCAUUCUCGCCUCCUGCCGAGUGACGGAUCACUUGGAUUUUCUGCCAUCCUCAAUAGCUGCGGCUUCUCUGCUUUGGGUGGCCGGUAAAAACGUGGAUGAUCAGAUAUUGGAACACUUCCACAAACGACUCAACAAAGAAAUGGUAAAAAGAUGUCACUAUCUUAUCAAGCAGAGCAUGUGUUCGAUGGCGCGUGUCAAAAGACAAAGAUUGGAGCCAGUGCCACCAAGUCCAGACGGCGUGCUUGAUGCAGAUAUUAGUAAGAAUUGUGAUGUGCUCAAAUGUGGUGGUGAGGACUCAAAGUCGAGUCAGGACUAGACACCCAAAAAGCACAAAAAAAAUUGAUGGUGGGUUGCGACUUGCUAGUAUAUCGUUUGCGUGUGGUCAAUUGUUUUCCCGAAAGGCCCGAGUAAGGUUGUAUAUCAUUUGAUAGGAAGUGCUUUUCUGUGUGUGAGUGUCGCUGCAUUGAAGUGGUUUGUGUAUAAGAACGUUACAGAUUGAGACAAUAAUGAUGUUUGAUACUCCUCACUUAUGUCGCACAAGUAG